AUGCCAGCAGAUGCCGUUGGCGCUGGAAGCAGUGCCAGCACCGACGCCAGCAGCGACGCCAGCCGCAGCAACAGCAGCGACGCCAGCGGCAACGCCAGCAGCAACGCCAGCAAACCAAGCCCCACGAUCGACGCCAUCAUCAAGGAUGCCGUUGGCGCUGGAAGCAGUGCCAGCACCGACGCCAGUAGCGACGCCAGCCGCAGCACCAGCAGCAAUGCCAGCAGCAAGGCCAGCAAACCAAGCUCCAAGAUCGACGCCGUCAUCAAGGAUGCCGUUGGCGCUGGAAACAGUGCCAGCACCGACGCCAGCAGUGACGCCAGCAGCAAUGUCAGCAGCAACGCAUCGAUACCGAUCUCAUGGUCGCCCGCCCCGACGGCAGCACCGACGGACGCAUCGACGAACGUCCCGGCGAAUGGCUCGACGAUCUCGUGGUCGCCCGCCCCGACGCCCGCACCGACGGACACAGCGACGGACGUAUCCGCUCCAGCCCCAGCGGUCGUGACGGACGCGUCCACGCCCACCCCGGCCACCGCCUCGACGAUCUCGUGGUCGCCCGCCCCGACGCUCGCCCCGACGGACGCACCGACGAACGCUCCGGCGGACGCCCGCACCGACCAGCGCGCCGACGUCUCGUCGGUCCCGCUGGUGCGGCGGGAGCGCCCGCCCAGCCCGGCGGCGGAAGGUCGUCCCCGCACGGACACGGCCUCGUCCCGCGCUGGUGCGGUGGCACCGCACGACCCUUUUGCGGCAGGAGGGCAGUCGCCAGAGAGCGUCUCCAGCCACGACAGCGGCGGCAGCCCGUCCCCCACCGAGGAGGCCGCGGCGACAGCGGCGACCCACCAGGUGGUGAGCUCCCCGGCGGGUUCGUCGGAGUCCCCAGAUCAGCCGACGCAGCAGAAG